GUUUCAUCUCUGGUGGCCGUAGCAGCUAGGAGUGCUCCGUCGACUUCGAAACUCUUUAGCAUUCACUCACCGCCGAAGAGCCCCUUCAUUCUGUCACCAUGGGGAAGACACGUGGAAUGGGAGCUGGUCGCAAGCUGAAGUCCCACCGUAGGAGGCAAAGGUGGGCUGACAAGGCUUAUAAGAAGUCUCAUCUUGGCAAUGAAUGGAAGAAACCAUUUGCUGGAUCCUCCCAUGCAAAAGGCAUAGUUCUCGAGAAAAUCGGGAUUGAGGCCAAGCAGCCGAACUCUGCUAUUAGAAAGUGUGCUCGAGUUCAGCUAAUUAAGAAUGGGAAGAAGAUUGCUGCCUUUGUACCAAAUGAUGGUUGCUUGAACUAUAUUGAAGAGAAUGAUGAAGUGCUAAUUGCAGGAUUUGGCCGGAAGGGGCAUGCUGUUGGAGAUAUUCCUGGAGUCAGGUUCAAGGUUGUAAAGGUAUCAGGUGUGUCUCUUUUAGCUCUCUUCAAAGAGAAGAAGGAGAAGCCAAGGUCUUAAGCUCCUGUGGAGAGAUGAUUUAACGAACAGAUCAUCCCUUUUGAUCAACUGUGAUUUUUUUUUUCUUUCCCACCCAACCCCCUUCUUUCUCCUCUUUACCAAUGCGUUUAGCUUUUUCAUGUUUCAGUAUCAUAAAGACUAAACUAUGAAUACAAUGUCUUCUGUUUUUGUCUUACCAAACAAAAAAAUGACAUGUUGAGUCUGACAAAUGUUCUUUUUCUUGUCAUUCUCCCAUCUGUUUGGGUUUCAACUACUAUUCUCUGUAACUUGAGGGAUGCUUAUGUUUUUCAUUCGUUGUGUUACUAAUUUCUAUAUAAUGUUGCACAUCAUAUGUCAACUAGGAAAGUAGCUAUGCCCAAGUGGCUCAGUUGUUAAACCUCUGUCGAAUUGGAGUGCUGAAUCUUCUGAAAUUGCAAUGCUUCUCCCUGAUACCAGUUUG